GACACAUUUCGUAUUUUAACUCGUUUUAACUUUACGCUGCUAGAAAACGUAUCCACGAUGACAACUUUAAACACGAAGCGGAUCUGACACGCGUAAAAAUCAUCAUUCUUAUGAUCAAAACAUUUAUUUGAUCUCGUGUCGCUGGAUGUUCCGCAGUUUAGGUCUUUCAUGUAGCACUACGUCAUGCUAAGCGGCUAGUGCGUGAUGCUAAGCGGCUAACUAGCGUGAUCCGCGGCUGGCUGCUGCUGUUGUUUACAUCCGAGAAUGAUGGGCCUGUCCGGGUAGGUGUGUUAGCCAAUCCCCCGCCCGUGGUACCCGAGUUUCAGAGGCAAAAAGGGGGUCCCGAAAUCCGCAGUUUAGCCGUGGAGGGGGGCGACCAUCCGAGAUCCACUGCCUUUAUCUGGUGAUGGAUGUGUCCUCCAGGGGGCUCCCUCCACUGCUCAUGGACCUGUCAAAGGGCUUCUCUGUGGGUCGUCUGCCCCACAGCCACGCUCAGCCUCUGGACAUGACCAAGAAACCCGAGUGGUACCACCGCCAGCCCCAGAGCUGUGGUCCAGACCUGUCUUCUCCCUACAGAACCAGUUCUCUGCGCCCAGACUUGAACCAGGAAGCUGCAAACUACAUGAACUCUCCUCUCAAUCCUGGUUUGGAUCUGUACCACGACCAAGUCCACAACAACUUAUGGCACAGGGGAUUUUACAACGCGAGCGGAAACGCAGGCCCCGAAAGCAGCGGGGUCGAGGAAGAAGAAGAGGAGGAGGAAGAGGACAGCGAUAGUGACUCUGAUGUUAUAUUUUUGGUUUCGUCCGCUAAAGAACCUCUCCUAUGCACAACCUUUAUACAGGACAAUGUAACGCACAUAGUAGAGCCACUGUCCCCCUCCUCGCUAGAUGACAGGAGAAGCUGCUACGAUCUACCUCAGUCCUCCCCCAGUCGGGAUAGCUCCUACACGGAAGAGUCUUCAGAUAGUUCCGUUGACAUCCCUGUCCACCACGCCCGCCCCAUCGUUGUUCUAUCUGACCUCAAUGCAGUUUAUGCCGACCAAUCGCUGGCCGACGCUUCCAGCGAUGAUAGCGACGCCAGUGAGGUCAGCAAGAAGAAAUUUGUUAAAAGGGUAAACGAAAAUGAAAUGCAAACGAGACCGAAAGUGCAGCGCAGUUGUAGUGUUAGGAAACCGUCGUCUACCACUCCCCCGCUAACUCCGCGACGAAGUUUGAGACGCCAAGUAAAAAAUAGCGCAAUAGGUCUUUAUAAUGAAAGUUACGAUUCGGACGAUGUUUUGGAUUUCGUAGCCAGGGUUUCCAGUUCAGACGAAUCAAUUCCUCAACAGAAAAAUGCGCAAAGAAUGAGUUGUAGUAAAGAAAGCAAGUCCAAUAUAGAUGCCACAACUCAAGACGAUCCUCCCUCAGAAAAGGAAGAACCACUACAAUGCAAAUCGGUGGUCACAAAACGUACUGAUAAUAAUAAUAGGAGGGGAAAGAUUGCGAAAAAGUUAAGCGUCGCAAAGCAAAACUGUAAAGAACCUAUAGAGAAAAGUCAAAUCAAAAGGACAAUCAAAAAACGCAAAAGAAAACGGAAAUUCCAACAGAACAGUCAGUCUUCGUUGUUCACAAUUGACCCAAAAAUCGCUCUGAAAUAUGCAUACAGGAAGAAAAGAGAGCCAAAAUUUGACAGCUUUUCGCCGUUCAUUCACAUAGAGAAGGAAACGUGCACGGUGGUCAACUAUCACGAGGAGGAGACAGCCCAGAAAAAGCCAGUACCAAGCCAAAACGUGUCCGGAUUCGUACCCACAACCUCCUGUUACAGCCUGGGUCGCGUUAACCCAGAUUCGAAACGUACUGAGUAUUUAAAGUGCUGCUUAUGUGGUCAAACGGCAAACGCUAAGAUGCUCGGCGAUCUGCACGGCCCCUACUAUCCUGUGUUUUCAGACGGGCAGAAUCCAAGGACUGCGCAAAAUGGGCAUGUAGAAGAAGAGGGAAGUGAGUUUCAAAAUAAAAGCAUCAAGGAAGAGGAUGCGCUUGUGAAUGAGACUCUUAAUUUGGAGGAGUGCUGGAUGCAUGAGGAUUGUGGAGUUUGGUCGACUGGCGUUUUCUUGGUCAGAGGGAAGUUGUACGGAUUAAAGGAGGCGGCACUUCUCGCUCAACAAACGACGUGUUGGCUGUGUGAGGAGAGCGGGGCCAUCGUGGGUUGUUUUCAGAGAGGCUGUUGCAGAAGCUUCCAUGUCUCCUGCGCAGUUCAGUCAGGCUGUGUCUUAAAUGAAGACAACUUCUCCAUGAGAUGCCCUGACCACAAGAACAAACCUUGCGUGAGCAGACAGCCCUUGAGAUGACCUCCCAGUCCUCCACAGCUUCAGUGAUGGCAGAGUGGACAGGCUCAGGGCUCCUCCUCAGCUAUGCUCUUUUAUAACUUCACAUAAAUGUUCAGUGUCCAGUUGUGGUUCAAAUCAUCUCGUCUGGUGAAAAGGGUUCCCACAUUAUAACAUUUAUUAGACGCACAGUACGUUUUCAUUAUUAUCCAUUUGGUCACUAUGGCACAUUUCUAUAAAGCUAAGUGUUGUCAAAUUAUAAAACAACUUAUAUAUUUAGCCUCUUCCUGAUAUUGUUUUCAAAGUUGUUAAAGGCGCUGUACCCGAUUUUUACUGUAUUAAAAUGGACCUAUUAAGCAGAGAACUUUUCAGCGCUUUUUAUCAUGUUAUAGUUUCCUUCUCGUUUACGCUCUCGAAGUUGUAUUUAUAAUAAUUCAUAUUUGUUUUGAGUCUUUUUUAUUCUCCUGUAUUGCAAGAAGCCGUUGCUCAGAUUAACCCCUGUUUUUAAGGCCACCAGUAGGGUCGGAACAAUAAACAAUAAUAUUGAUUAUUGUGAUAAAAAGAGUAGACAAUAAUCGUUCGUGGGUAAAUUUAUAUAAUCGUGAUAAUCGCCAACAAAGAUAUUCACUGUUAUAUCACCAAAAUGUGUAGAAAAAAGCUACUUAUCUAUCCAUGUUUUCACUUAUAACAAAGUACAAUUAUAUAAAACUUGUUAAAACAUGGAACUUAUUACAAUUAUAAUUAUUCAUAUCAAAUUUUUAAUUUUUUUUACUAUCGUUAUAUAAUCGUCAAUCGUACCUGUAUUUUUGGGACUAUAAGUCAAUCCGGAGUUUAAUCAAUCAAUCAACAACUUUAUUAAUCCCAAAGGGCAAUUCAGUUCGCACAUCUCUGGUCGUGCACAAUCUAUAAAUAAUAAAAGAAAAAGAAAGACAGACACCAUACAUUCAAACCACAGUGCAUCAGGGACACAGUAGCAAAUUCACUUUCCAUUUAAAAGCCUUAUGGCAGAAGGCAUAAAAGAUUUAAUAAGUUGCACCAGCCAGAAAGAUGAAGAAGAAAAAAACAUAUAAGUCGCACCAGACUAUAAGUCACACGUUCUGGGGGAAAUUUACUUGAUAGAAUCAGAGACCAGGAACUGACGCUUCAUCUUGAAAGGAAAGUUGCAGUAAUAACAAUAGAACAGAAAACAACAGACUGAAUAGGAGUCUGGUGUGUUAUCUUCAGGUAACUAUAGCAUAAACAACUUAACAACAGAACAAGUUUACAGAACUCUUCAUCUCACUCCAAAUCACUAAAUCCAUUGAAGUCUUCAUCCUCAGUGUCACGUCUGAGCAACUCCGCGAUCUCCAGAGGUAAACUGUAGAUCCAUGAUGGCCGCUUUUCGCCAGUGCCUCACAAGUUUCUCGCUCACUCCAAACUUUCUUUCUGUGGCUCGAUUACUGUUUUUGACUGCACAUUUUACUACUUGGAGCAGGACAGCGGCUUUUUGUGCAGGAGACAUGCGCAGUAGAGUGAAGUGACAGUUAGUACAGAAGUAAUAGGAGUAGCAGAUCCUGACACACAAGCCUAGAGCGCCCUCUUGCAGCUGUCAGUGUGAACAUUUUAAUAUAUAAGUCGCAGGACCACCCAAACCAUCCAAAAACGUUCAACUUAUAGUCCAAAAAAUAUGGCAAUUAUUUUGGCCAUGAUAAUUGUGACACCAGAUUUAAGUAUCAUCCCAUGCCUAUCCACCCGUAUGCAUCCAUUUCUCUGGACUUACUUACCUGCGAUACAUAUAAGAUUCGGUAGUGUUACGUAGUUAUUUUGGUAUAAAUGCCAAAAAAAACAACCGCAGCAUCCGUAGAGAGAUUCCUGGUAACUUCUCGGAAUCUUGUGAUGGCGUUUACGGCGACGUCAGCUCCUAUUGUGCACCGGAGUUUUCUAACGCGGAAGUCGGCAGAUUUGUUUCUUUUAUAAAAGCCGUUUUAGAUCGGUGUCGCUGUUUAGAAAGUCCAAAUUAUAACGCAACGAUCCACGGUGUCGUAGAUUGUAACUAUAUAACCGACACAAGCACAGUACGGCAGAAUAAUUUCACUUUAAUCGGUUCGCAGUCGCCCGAAGUUACUCCUCACUUACCUUUAUACUACCUACUUGCCUUUGAUAAGUUUAUACUGUAAGCGCUUUUCAUAACUUUCAGAGACCAGGGCGGAGUUUUGGAGCAGACUGUAAAACAACUAGCAUGCUAAUCACACACUUCCUGAUCCACCACUCCGUGUACAUACAGCAUAUCUGUACAAAUGUAUUUAAACACAUGGGGAAAAUCUGGUACAAGCCCUUUAAGCACUUUUAACCACUUGAGAAGUUCGGUGUCUCCUUCUGACAGUGUAAAGUGUGCCAUACUGACCUGGUCUUUUCAACAAACUAGAGUGAAAUUGAAUGUAACUGGAAAUACAUUUUAGUUAUUUGCGUUACACUUCGAUCCACAUUGUAAUUUCCCAACACUAAAGUCGCACGGAGCUUUAUGACAAUGUACAGUUGUUAGUUUGUAUGACGUGAGCCUUCUGACACUUUCUACACUUUUGUACCACUUUUCUAUGGCGCUCACGGCUCUGUUUGUGCGGUUUGGUCACAGAGAUGGUCAAUGAUGAAAUGUCCAGAAGUGGGUAGAGAAAAAUUUGUAAAUUAGAGUAAAAUUAUAAAGCUGUACUAUAUGAAAAAGGUUCUCUGACCAGACAGUCCUUUCUACAUUCUAUUUGAAUCCAGAAGGGACUAGAACAGGACCACAGACCGUGAAAAUUCUCCAUCCAAACUUGAGACGACGCUAAUUUGUAUCAUGUCUCUCAAAUGUAGAAGACAUCUUUCCCAAAUUCUCGAAACAUUUAGAACAAAAUAUACAACUUCUUUUACCUGAGAUAAGCUGAGAUUGUUGAUUCAGUAAAAAUCCGGGCCGUUUCUCAGUUCUUUGUUGUUGUUUUUUUUCCAGCCAUGUUUGUUUUUGACGGAACUGGAGCAUGCAUCUCUCUGAUUGGUUAAUCCACCUGUCAAUCAUGCUCUCUGAAAUCAGGGAGACAAGAGAAUACAGCAUCAGACCCACUCGUCUUUGUAAAGUUUUUGCAAAGCGUGUGGUUCUGGCUGAUCAGGUCAUGAAAAAGGUAGUUGCAGUAAAAAUGUUGAAAGAAAAUACAAUUCUUAUCUACUAAAUUACAAAUAAUGUGCUACUGUGUACCAAUUUGUAGACUAGAUCAAACUAUUUCUGUUAAUGAAACCAAAGAAAACAUGCAAAAAAAUGCAUGUUGCAUCUACCCUUAUCUUUGGGGUAUUUGGAAAGGCUAGAGCAAGAAUUUAAAAAGCAAUUCUAUUUCUCUGUAACUUUAAGCCUCUGCAGCUCAAAUAUUUUCUUGUUACAUUGAAAAUAACAAAAAUUUUCCCAAGACUGAAACGAAAAUGUACAGACCAUAAAUAUAGAGCCCCAAAGUAUAUUGUGCCAGAUGAGUUGAUAGAGUAAUUACUAAGAUUUUUUGUGACAAGGCCAACGCAAUCGUCCAAUCAGAUUUGUUUAUUUCAGUGACGCAUGUGAAACGAAGGAGCUCAUUGGUCACAAAUCAUUUACAAACAAAAUUUCUCUCACCUCAGAUUAACAGUUUAGUGAUUUGCUCGUUGAUUCUCCUGAAAUCCUGAUUUUUUAAAUUUUUUUUUAUAGAAUAAUUUGGAUGAUUUCAGCUCUGAAAUGACCAAUCUCUACUGAACAAAUGGUAAAAGUAGCUGUUAACUAUAUAACUACCACUACAUGACAUCACAAGGUGGAACAGAGCAUUUUGAGCUUUGGAAAAAUAGUCAAACUAAUAAUAAAGGAUUUCUCAAACUUGUGAAUGAAACAAAACACAACUCCAUGUUUUUGAGGAGCUAACACCGUUCGAACAUAACCUGAUUCAUCAGCCAGUUUCACUUGGUGGAAACCGUCUGACCUCACAGCAUUAGGAUUUGUUCGCUUAACGGUAGGCAGGUAUUUUUUUAUUUAACCAAUCCCUGCUGUUUGGCCGUGAAGUAUGUAUUGCACCAAAUCCCGUAGGAAGAAGGGCAAUAACAUCUUUCCCCUUGAUAAAAUUCACCAAACAUUCUCUUUGUUCCGGCUUUAAAUCCUCGCUCUCGGGAAUGUAUGUCUUCGUCUACAUCCAUCUCGACCGCUUUGUUUACUGUUGUGCUGUACCACAAAAGGGACCCAGACAGGUGCUUGAGUUUGACGUCAUGGCUUCACAGCUCUUCACUGAUUGGCCGGUGCAUGGUUUAUAACUCGCCGGCGUCUAGUGUGUUCUGAAUCCUGACCUAGUCGCUGGAGAGAAAUGAAAUUGAGCAGAGGCACUAGGUAGUUCUAACAUGUCUUAAAGCUCACAAGAGUCAAUUUUAUGUAAUACAGGAACAGGUCAGAACUACCCACUUUUGGACAUUUUCACUUUGAACCUCACUGACUGAAGUCUACGGCACAACUCCAGAGACUAAAGCUCUGCCCCACAGCCUGCUCCUGUCCUCCUCAUGCAUGCACUUUACAUGGUCCUCUUAAUACACAAAUACACCUGUUUAUUUCAGUGUAUUUAUGUUUUCAUUUAAAUGUAUGUAUCCUUCUAUAUAAGAUAUUUAAUUUAACGUAACGUAAGGCUGCAGUAAGCAAGAGUUAUAAUGUUAAUAUAUGGAUGGAAAAGUCUUCAGUGCUUAUAAUGUUACAUUUAUUUUUUGUCAAAUACACAUAGAUCACUAAUGAUUUCAACAAAGACGUAAUGUUUUUUAUUAUUUCAAUGCUAUAUUUAAGUUGUAAGUAACAGUUUUUAAUGUUGUGUAUUUUCAGGAGCAUUUUUCAAAGUUUAUACAGAAACUAUAGCACUUUUUUUUCUUUUAUGAACUAAACUGUCAAUUUAUUUUUGGUUUCAUUUCAAAACUUUUCACUACUGACCAGGUUACUAUUGAUAAUUUGCAGUGACGUCACGCUGGGGGUGUUCUACGUGUGUGUAUGGCAGAAUGUUCAGCUGUUACCAUGGAGACACAAUGCACACGUCAAUGAACAGUGGC